AUGACCCCCAACAUAAACAUAAACACAAACAGCCACAUGCUAAUCGCCUACCCAGCCCUCACGGCCCUGGGGCUGGUAGCCCUGCUGAUCCCGACCCUCUACCUCUACACGGUGGGCGUGGCCACCGCGCGCUUCCCGACCCUGCGCAACAGGCGCGUCUGCCUGCUCAUCGCCCACCCCGACGACGAGGACGUCUACGUGGUCGACGACCCGGACACCUUCCCCGACUCGAUGGCGGCGGCGUGGCCUGCGGGGCGGAUAUCCGACCUCCUGCGCGACGCGUUUGUGCCGGACAGCAGCAGCAGCAGCAACAACAACAACAACAACAACAACAAGAAAGACAAAGACGGGAAGAACGACGGCGAGCCCCCAAGGGCAACGAUAGACGUCCUCAUAACCUUCGACGGCGCGGGCGUCUCCUCCCACCCGAACCACAUCUCCCUCUACCACGGCGCCCGCCGCUUCGCCGCCUCCCUGACCGCCGGCCGCCCGGGGUGGGCCAGCCCCGUCGACAUGUACACCCUGACCUCGGUCGGGAUCGCGCGCAAGUACGCCGGGAUAGCCGACGUCUUCGCCACCCUCCCGGCCACGGCGCUGGACGUCUGGCGGGGCGCGGGCAAGGCCAAGGGGAAGGGGAAGAAGGAGGAUGGCAGGAGGGGGGGCCGCCCCGCCGCGCUCGUCUUCAUGCACGGCUUCGGCGCCGGCGGCUGGGCCACCGCCAGGGAGGCCAUGACCCGCGCCCACGUCAGCCAGAUGGUGUGGUUCCGCUGGGGUUGGAUCACCAUCAGCCGGUACAUGUUCAUCAACGACCUGAGGCUGGAGAAGGUAUAG